ACAAAAAGCAGCCGGCCUUCGGUGGAGGGGCCGCCCCAUGCUCCGGCCCGACAAAACUGUCCCAGACGUGCAGACCCCGGCCAGUCUUCUGCAGAUCACCGCCUCCGGCGCGCUGGAGCUUCGCAGCCCAAGCCGGGCAGGCUUCCGCGGCCGCUCGGAAAACGCGGCCAGCGGAACCCGCACGCGGAAGCGCCCGGCGCACUGAGCAUGCCCAGUUGCAGAGCCGAACAGAGGAGUUUUUUUCUUUUCUUUUCUUUCUUUUUUCUUUUUCUUUUUUUUUUUGGUCUCAAGUAGCAGACCUCCCCCCCAACCCCCACCUGAGCCCCCCACCACCCCCGGCCUAAGCAGCUACCAUGGCCGAGGUCUCCAGCGCGGCGUUGUCCCAGGCGGGUUGGUAUCUUUCAGAUGAAGGCAUUGAAGCUUGCACAAGUUCUCCUGAAAAAGUCAAUAUAAAUGACAUCAUCCUGAUUGCUCUCAAUACAGACUUGAGAACAAUUGGCAAGAAAUUCCUCCCCAGUGACAUCAAUGGUGGAAAGGUAGAAAAGCUUGAAGGUCCAUGUGUUUUGCAAAUUCAAAAAAUUCGCAAUGUUGCUGCACCAAAGGAUAAUGAAGAAUCUCAGGCUGCACCGAGAAUGCUGCGUUUGCAGAUGACUGAUGGUCAUAUAAGUUGCACAGCAGUAGAAUUUAGUUAUAUGUCAAAAUUAAGCCUAAACACACCACCUGGAACUAAAGUUAAGCUUUCAGGCCUUGUGGAUAUAAAAAAUGGAUUUCUGCUCUUGAAUGAUUCUAAUACCACAGUUCUUGGCGGUGAAGUGGAACACCUUAUUGAGAAAUGGGAGUUACAGAGAAGCUUAUCAAAACACAAUAGAAGCAAUAUUGGAACCGAAGGUGGACCACCUCCUUUUGUGCCUUUUGGACAGAAGUGUGUAUCUCACGUCCAAGUGGAUAGCAGAGAACUUGAUCGAAGAAAGACAUUGCAAGUUACAAUGCCUGUCAAACCUACAAAUGAUAAUGAUGAAUUUGAAAAGCAAAGGACUGCUGCUAUUGCAGAAGUUGCAAAGAGCAAAGAAACCAAGACAUUUGGAGGAGGUGGUGGUGGUGCUAGAAGUAAUCUCAACAUGAGUGCUGCCAGUAACCGAAACAGGGAAAUUUUACAGAAAGAAAAGUCAACCAAAUCAGAGGGAAAACAUGAAGGUGUCUAUAGAGAACUGGUUGAUGAGAAAGCUCUGAAGCACAUAACAGAAAUGGGCUUUAGUAAAGAAGCAUCAAGGCAAGCUCUAAUGGAUAACGGCAACAAUUUAGAAGCAGCACUGAAUGUACUUCUUAACAGCAAUAAACAGAAACCUGUUACGGGUCCACCUCUGAGAGGUAAAGGAAAAGGCAGGGGGCGAAUAAGAUCUGAAGAUGAAGAGGAAUUGGGAAAUGCAAGGCCCUCAGCACCAAGCACAUUAUUUGAUUUCUUGGAAUCUAAAAUGGGGACUUUGAGUGUGGAAGAACCUAAAUCACAGCUGCAGCAGCUUCAUCAGGGACAAUACAGAUUGUCAAAUACUGAGCAAAAUGGAAUAAAAGAUAAUAGUCAAUCAAGAUACCUUCCUCGAAAUGAUACCAGACAGUCAAGAAAUGAGAAACCUCCUCGAUUUCAAAGAGACACCCAAAAUUCAAAGUCAAUUUUAGAAGGCAGUGGAUUACCUAGAAACAGAGGUUCUGAAAGACCAAGUACUUCUUCAGGAUCUGAAGUAUGGGCUGAAGAGAGAAUCAAGUAUGAUAGGCCAUAUUCUAGAUAUGAUAGAACUAAAGAUACUUCAUACCCCUUAAGCUCCCAGCACAAUGAUGCUGCAUUUAAAAAAAGGGAUAACUCUAUGCAAAGCAGAUCAGGUAAAGGUCCAUCCUGUGCAGACGCAAAAGAAAAUCCACUUCCUCAAGAAUCCAUCGAUUACAAUAAUCAAAAACGUGGGAAAAGAGAAAACCAAACAGCAAAUCCCGAUCAUUUUUAUGACAGGAAACCACGAACUUCGAUAAAUAAUGAAGCUUUUAGUGGUGUAAAAAUCGAAAGACAUUUUAAUGUAAAUACUGAUUACCAGAACCCUGUCCGAAUGAAUAGUUUCAUGGGUGUUCCAAAUGGAGAGACAGAAACACCACUGAAGGGAAGGCGAGUAGGACCUAUUAAGCCUACAGGACCCAUCACAACAACACCCUAUGAUGAUAAAAUAUUUUAUAAUAGUGGGCCCAAAAGAAGAUCUGGGCCAAUUAAACCAGAAAAAGUACUAGAGUCAUCUAUUCCUAUGGAGUAUGCAAAACUGUGGAAACCUGGAGAUGAAUGUUUUGCACUUUAUUGGGAAGACAACAAGUUUUACCGAGCAGAAGUUGAAGCUCUUCAUUCUUCAGGUAUGACAGCAGUUGUUAAAUUCAUUGAUUAUGGAAACUAUGAAGAGGUGCUACUAAGCAACAUCAGGCCCAUUCAAACAGAGGCAUGGCUUCAGGGGAGCUGGAAAUGCACAGGAGGAGUCAGAAGACUUGGGUUGAGGCCCGGCUCUGCCACUUACUACCUAUGUGAAUUUGGGAAGAAGAAGGCACCUAUGACCAAACUCUUGAGUUCCGUAGAGGAGGUGAUGGUCAACCAAGACGAUCCACUCGGCCAACUCAGCAGUUCUACCAACCUCCCCGGGCUCGGAACUGAUAUGAGAAGAGUCUCUGUGAAGAAAGGAGCUGUUGACUGAAACAUCCUGAUCAAAACCUGUUGAUAGACCUUCUACUUUCAUUUGGAGAACUCAAAGGCAGAUUUUAAGGGAAAAAAUUCAACCCACACAAAGAAUGGGAAAAAAAUACAAAGUUAAAUAAAGCAAGUACCUUUUACAAGUGAAAGAAAGAAUUUUUUCUUCUGCCACCAAUAAAAUCAAUGCACUGUUAAA